AUGGCUCUGGAAAGGAUUAUCAAUAGAACAGGACACAGACGAGAUGAGAACUUGGACGAGAGAUGUAAAUAUGUUGAUGGAUUAAACUGGAAUAUAGGUAUAGAAGUAAAAGAUCUAGCCAGCUCCUCUGAAAACACGGAAGAUAUCCUCUCAGGUUUAGAAGACGUUGUAGCAAUAAUGAUUCCUGAACCCAAAGGAAAAGAGAUAGUGAGCCUCCUGGAGAAGAACAUUACUGUGAUGAUGUACAUAACCAUCGGGACGCGCAACCUGCAGAAGUACGUCAGCCGGACCUCUGUGGUGUUCGUCUCCAUCUCCUUCAUUGUGCUGAUGAUCAUCUCGCUGGCGUGGCUGGUCUUCUAUUACAUCCAGAGAUUCCGCUACGCAAAUGCCAGAGACCGAAAUCAGCGCCGGCUUGGAGAUGCUGCAAAGAAAGCAAUCAGCAAGCUGCAAGUCAGAACGAUCAGGAAAGGUGACAAGGAAACUGAGCCAGACUUUGAUAACUGUGCUGUUUGUAUUGAAGGCUACAAGCCCAAUGAUGUUGUCAGGAUAUUGCCUUGCAGGCAUCUUUUCCACAAGUCCUGUGUGGAUCCCUGGCUGCUAGACCAUCGUACCUGCCCGAUGUGUAAAAUGAAUAUUCUAAAAGCUCUAGGGAUUCCGCCAAAUGCAGAUUGCAUGGAUGAUAUACCUCCAGACUUGGAAGCAUCCAUAGGAGGACCACCAACCAACCAGAUAACGGGAGCCAGUGACAUAACAGUGAACGAGAGCUCUGUAGCCCUGGAUCCCCCAGCCCGGACUGUGGGAGUACUACAGGUCAUCCAAGAUGUAGACUCCUUUCCCCAGGCUGGGGAGGCUAACUUCACAACAAGCAAUGAACAGGAGCCAGCAGUCAGCAGUGAUUCAGAUAUUUCAUUGAUUAUGGCAAUGGAGGUUGGACUGUCCGAUGUGGAGCUUUCCACUGAUCAAGACUGCGAAGAGACUGUGUAAGACUGGAAUUUCCCAAUGUGUGAAACUUGUGGAUUGCUUCUUCUUGAAUUCCCCCGCUGCAGACUUUGGCAUCCACAGGAGGCAGAAGGUACAGUGGGAA